AAACUUUUUAUGACGGGAGUGUCAGUUUGCUAAAUGCGACAAACAAAACUUAAUAGUGUUAAGAAGUAAUAUUUGAGUUUGGACCUUUGGUCUACACUAUAUGUUUACAUAUAUAUAAAUACACUAGACUCAUUAUAUUUUUGACUUUUAUUUUUUCAUGAACACUUUACUUUAUAGUGUGUUUCUCUAUUUUCACUCUCUUUGAGUGACAUUACAUUAAUAAAAGUCAGUCCCUGGAAUGCAUUCCUUUAUAUUUCUCAUGAGUUCACCCGCUUCAAUGGUCCUUACGGAUUGUUUUGUAAACAAACGGAUAAACCUCGACUGGAUGACGGAAUGCGUCAAUGUUCAUCGACAACGAUCCGAGUUACUGACUCAUAUAUAUGUCGUAUAGAGAGAGAAGUCAGAGGGAAAAGACCAUAUCGUACCAGAUCGACACAUGAUUUCUCGUAGUUGAAAGAGAGCACUCGACCAAGAGAAUGCCGUGUAUUCAUUACUUCUUGCCUAAGCAGAAAUAAAUAUCGUAUUGAAUCUCAUUGUUUAUUUUUACGAAGUUUAUGGGUAAAAUUGUUGUAUUUUUGGUGCGCAAACUUUGUUGUUUUAGCAAAAUGUGCGAAGUUGAUUUUAAUUAUAGUGUAAAUUUGAAUUUGUAUUUUAUCAGUUGGUAUAUCUCAGUGUGUAUACAACUUGUCGCUGAUUCAGCCGAUACCAAGUAACGCGACAUGUUUUACUGGCGCUCAGCGAAAUCAAUAGAUAGAAGAAAGUAUUUUAAGCAACGCACUGAAUAAAACGUUAUCGAUAAUCGCGACUAUAUAUGAGGAUUGCCAAGUAAAAGUUAAAAAAUCAAUAAUGAUGAUUCAUUUUAUUAAUCCAUUUAAAUUUAUAGCCAUUGGAGAUAAUUCAGAAUGUCAACGACAAUCUACAUACAUAUUUAGGCCACUCAAACGGUUUUUUUUUAAAACCAUAGUACCGCCGAUUACUGGGGACGGUCUAAAGAGCAUGUCCCAGGUUCCAUUAAUAACUGAAGACCAAACUACUAAUGGGGAAAAUGAUCCUCACAAUAAAGUCAUAUUGGAAGUUGGUUUACCUGGAGACACCUGGAAGUACUGCGUAGAUCGGCAAACUUUAGCAGACAAGUCAGAAUGGUUUCGCGCUUUACUUAUGGGGGAAAUGGCUCCUCCUCCAAGCAACCCACCCCCAAUUAUUUGUUUACAGCACGUAGAAAAACGUGCUUUUGAUCAUCUCUUCAAAUAUUUUCGCGAGGAACCAAUAAACUUUCAUUCUGUUUUAACUGCACGAGCAACUUUGGAUGCUGCUCAUUACUACUUAUGUCCAGAACUCGCAGUAAUAGCCGUUGAAUAUAUUAUCAAAAAUUUAAACUCAUCAACAGUUCUCAAUGUUUAUCACGGACUCAGUCUUUACGCUUUAACUGAUGUUGACGUAAAUGAACAAAUCCCAUCUGCGCCACCCGAAAAUGAUGCUGCUGAAAUUGCUGUAGCAUGCACUAAACUCCUUAUGGCCUGCCUGGCAGUAAUUGAUUCCGCACCGGAUCAAGUGCUACGUCAAGAAGGCUUUGAAGAAUUGACUGUUGAGGAAAUCGCAAGUCUCGCUUCUAGAGAUGACCUCAGACUUGCCAAAGAAAGCGUUCUGUUCGGAGCACUUGAGAAGUGGGCAGCAUCUGAAUGUAGGAGACGUGGCAUCGAGCCAACGUCUCACAAUAAACGUUCAGCGCUUUCUGAUGAAAUUUGGUACAGUGUAAGAUAUCUUCUUAUGAAUGAUCAAGAAUUUAUUCAAGGUCCGAUGGCCAGUGGAAUUUUGUCAAGUGAAGAAUCAGCUGCAAUCGUGGCCAAAAUUCUUGGGCACAGUAACCAGCAGGAUAAUGAUCAAUUAGCACGAUGUAUUGCACCGUACAGACUAUCGACGACACCUCGUCGACGGAAAACACCCACCAAAACUAAGUCUGGCAUGAAGCCUGGUAAAAAAGAACGUGAAGAUAAUAAAAAAAAUAGAAGAAAAGAGUGUACUAGUCAAGGUCAGCGAGCUUGCGCUCGCGUGGGAGAUUUGGUUGUUCGAGUUCUCGCUUGUGUUUUCGACUGAUGUGAGACCCACAGAGACUAUUAGGUUUAUUUAAAUUAUAUUUUUAUUUCAGCUUUUAGUAUUUUUAUUACUUAAAACUUAACGUGAUAUCAGACUGACAAUUUUUAUUUUAUUUUUAUUUUUUGUUACUGAAAAGAUACAAAAGAUCCUCUUGAUCUCAAAUAAUUAUUUAAAUAGUAAUAGAGAAAAAUCGUGUUGAUUUAUUUGAAUAAUUUAAAUUUUAUAUGGCUAAAUAUAUUAAUUAGUUUUUGUAUAGAAUCUGUGACAUCUAUCAGUAAUUUGUUGUAUGCGAUACGCUGUAAAAAAUUUGCGAAAUGAAUUCGGAGAAUUUUCUCCCUCGGGAUGAAAUUAAUUCCGGGGAGUUUAAUUUUAAAUUUUAAAUUCGGUUCAGAGUGAAAUUGACUUAAAAAAAAAAUUGUUUUAAUAUCAAAACUCUAGAUCAAAGUGAAUUCGGAUUGAAAUAAACUCCAGAUCACUUUGAAUUCACUCAAAAUUUUUUACAGUGUAUUAAAAAAUUUAAAAUCAAUUGAUUUCAAGUCCUGAGUGACGAGUAUAGUAAAUGUUGUGUAUUUAAUGUUGAUGUUAUAUGCGUUUUAAAUGUUUCAAUUAUAUUGUGAAAUUGUUUUGCAUGAAAAUUAUGUCAAGAAAAAAAAAAUUAUUAGAAAAUUUUUUUCAAAGUUAUAUGGCUGGUCCAAAA